AUGGCAGCUUUAGAUGAAGUACCCUCAGCGGAAACAAGAAGUAAAACUCAACGGGAAGAUGACAAUGGCUUGUCACUACUGCGGGGUUUAGAGGUGAUUGACUGGGAGAGGGCUGAGAUGCAUAGUAAUGGACAAUUGGCUGUGGUGGAGAAAGCUCGGGAGUUCUUUCAGAUCUGUGACCGGGAAGAGAAAGGCUUUAUUAAUCAAGCAGAUAUGCAGCACCUUCAGACGGAGCUACCUCUUAGUUCAGGCGAACUGCAGGAUGUGUUUGAUUCUCUGGACACGGAUGGGAAUGGUUCCCUAACCUUGGAGGAAUUUACCACUGGAUUUAGUCAGUUCCUGUUUGGGGAAAAGAUCAUCGCAGACAAGAUAAAUAAAGGCCAGGAUCAGUGUGGGAGCCUGUGUCGGAAUCAGUAUGCCCAACGGUUGGCAACAGCGGCUGACGAUGAGGAGCAUCACUUCCACACUCUGAUGGACCGCCUGGGAGCAAGGAAUCUCUUUAAAGAUCAAAGGGAAAUCCAAAACCUUUGGACACAACUGAGAAAAGAUGAUUCGUAUUUACUGACUCAUUUUGAGGAGUUCCUGGCGAAGGUUUCCAUUCAGAUUCAGGAGUCCAACAGGGAAAGGGAAAUGAUGGAAUGUGCUCUGAAAAGAAAAGCAGCUGAGCAUGGUGAAGAAAUAAAACAUCUCUAUAAUGAAAUGGAGCAACAAAUGAAAAGUGAAAAAGACAGAAUGUUUAACCAAAAUUCGGAAUCGAAAUCACGAUGCCAAGAACUUGAUUAUUUGUUGGGAAUUAAAGAGCAAGAACAGGAGCAGCUUAUUCAGAAGCAGAAUAGGUUGGAGAGACGGUGUGUAGAGCUGCAGAGUGAGAAGCAAGUGUCAAAGCUAGAGAAUCGGAGACUAAAACAGAUCAAUGAGGAGUUGGAGAAAGAUCUCCAGAAAGCAAAUGACGACCUCCUCUGUGCUCAGCGUCAAGUACAGGUGCUGCAGGAAGAAACAUAUCAGCAGCAUGAAGAAAGAGAAAUGGAGCUCUAUCGAGUGACUGAGGGCCUGGAGAGAGAGAAGCUGAGCCUUUGUAAACAGUUGGAUCUUCUCAGGGAAAUGAACAAACAUCUUCGAGCUGAACGAGAUUUUUCCCUGGCUGGUUUUCAGAAGCCUUCCAUUCUUGGAUCUUCCAACUUACGGAGUCACAAAGCAGCGACAGUCACUGAUCAGUGUACAGGCACCAGGGUGUUGUCAAACAGAAAAGGUAAUACCUGUGAGGAGCUCAGCAAUCCUGAGCCAUCCUCAAAUAAUUUGGAACAUGCAAAUGGACAUAGCCAGAUCCGGAAAGAAACAGAUAAGGAGUCUGUAGCCAACGCGCGACAGAGACUGUACUUGCCGAGAGUUAUUUCGAUUGAAGAGGAUCCAUUACCACAGUGUCUUGAAAUGCAAUCCACAACUCACUUAAAAAAUUGGAUGGAAGUGGAAGAGGAGGUAGAGGAUGAGGAAGAGUUGGUGCGAGAAAAGAGAAGCCUUGAGACAGAAACAGUUCCUUCACCUCCAGGAAGGCAGCCUGCUGGUAAAGGAGCUUUGACAGAGGACAGAGAAUCAUGCUCCAACCCUGACCGUUUAUUCAAAAUCAUUUUUGUCGGGAAUUCCAGUGUGGGGAAGAGCUCCGUUUUAAGACGAUUUUGCGGCGAUAGCUUUCACCCUGGAAUGUGCGCUACCGUCGGUAUAGACUAUCAUGUGAAAACAGUAAAUGUAGACAAUUGCCUGCUGGCUUUGCAACUCUGGGACACUGCGGGACAGGAACGGUUUCGCAGUGUUACGAAGCAGUUCUUUCGUAAGGCCGAUGGAGUUGUUCUGAUGUAUGACAUCACAGCUGCGAUAACCUUUAGCGCUGUCCGACAAUGGCUGGAGAGCGUGCAGGAGGGGGCGGGUCCUGAGGUUUUAAUCCUCCUCCUAGCCAAUAAAACGGAUCUGGAAAGUGAACGUCAGGUCACCAGUGAAGAGGGGCGGCGGUUGGCUAAGGAAUGUAAUUUGAUUUUCUAUGAAUGCAGUGCUUUCUCAGGCAUCAAUAUAACCAAAUCCAUGUUGCAUUUGGCCAGACUUCUGAAGGAACUAGAAGAUAAGGUAAAGGAGAAGAUUGUUGAGCUGAGGGAAGAGCCUCCCCAACAGAAAACUUGCUGCGCAAAAUAAUAACCAGGAUUUAUUACAUCC